AAGAAAAAAAAGAUUGAAUAAAUAAUGAAUAAAGCAAAUUAAAGAAAAAAAAACUGAUUCGAAGGUAACGGAGAGGGAGAUGAGUCAAGGAGAGAGGGAAAAAUCACGUGACUCAUGGCGCCUGAAAACGAACGGAGUUAUAGUAGCUGUUUUAGAGUAAUUAUUGUUGGUGCUCGGAUCGGUUUAGUUCGUUAUAUUAACCGGUGGCAAGAUUUUAUUAAUGAAUAACAUAAAGCGUCGCGACGCACCAGAUUCAUAUUCCUGUGUACAAUAAGCUCUGUUCGAAAUUCAACGACUCGAUCGCCCGCUGGAAUAAAUUAAAAUAAUGUUUUAAAACAGAAUUUAAUAAAGUGGGAUAAGAUGUAAUAAAAUAAACCAAAUAUUAUUGAACCGUUAGUUUUUGAUAUCCUCGGAAUAGAUUGCAGUCGUCCUGCAGCAGCUUCGUUAACGUACAUUGCGGUACAGUGGUGUCUGAAAAGCUGCGAAAUCUAAAAAAAUAAAUUAAGUAACCUCCGCUCAUAAAUCUAAUUUAUAUUAAUUAACGCGCGCUCUCAUCAUGCUUCGAAGUGUUAAAAGCUCCGAUACAGAAGAAAAACGAACAACCCUCUCUUCUGCCACGAGGGUCGCAACCACCUGUUCGAUUCUCGUACGAAUUGCCGUAUUUUUAACUCUGAUGUCGCAGCCAUGUGAAUUCGUUACAUCGGGUGAAUAUUCGGGACGCGUAGCGACGAGUUCCCAAGUACAAAAUCUGCACCAUUCUCGUCAGCGUCCCAUGAGAACAACGCCGUCUUCGGUUUCCGGGCAAAUAUUCGGAGGCGAGAGGACGGGAGGAUCUCCGCUCGCGGAUUCGUGCGAAAAUUCGGACGAAAUGCCGUCGGUCGAAGUAAAGGUCAGGAUAUUUUACGACGCGGUUGAAGAAGGUCGUGCGAAACUCCGGGGUACGAACGCGAGACAUCAGCAACAGCAGCAGCAAAAUCGUAUGCUUCAAGUACCCGGUAUUCAAGAUCGCCGGGAUCGUCGUCCCGCGAUACUUCGUAACGGUCAACUUCAGAGAGCCAGAGAUAGACUGCAACAGAACAGAUCGGCCAUGCAAGAAAGUCCGAAAGAACCGAGCGUCGCCGAUUUGAUAAGGAGGGCGAUAGACGAGAAAAUUUUUGGCACCCCCCAGGAAUGGGCGGCAAAAAACGGACAAUGGAAAUCGAAAGAUCAACACUUUUUACCGCCACCUCCCCCGGCACCUGCGCCACCACCUGCUGAAAUUCCGUCGAGGUCAAAGUUGGGGGAAGAAAACGGGGCGGAAAAAAAAUCAGAAGCAGCCAACGGAGACGCACGUCGGGACGGGUCGAUCGUAUUCCCAGUCGAAACCGAGGGAAUAAUUUCGCCAAAGAAUAUGUUUAUCCCGAAAUUACGCCCGGAGUGCCGGGGGAAUACCGUUUGUGAAAAGAUCGAAUCUUACCCAACGGAAUACGUCAAAAACGUUGUUAGGAAUCUCAAAGAACUCAUGUCCCUCGCCGGCACAGACGUAGACAACAUUUCGCAGAGAAUAGAUCCCGGGGCCACGGGAGACACGCCUCUGUGUCAGUCGAGUGAGACCGUCUAUUUUCCCGAGGGCGUCCAGAAGGAUAUGAGCGACGAAAAUUCGUGGCACACCGUGGUCAACGUGGACAGUUUCAAACAAGGAUUGCGAAUCGAAACUUGCACAAACAGGGACAGCGAGUGCAUGAGGAUCGACGGUCUGACUAGCGAUCUUGCCCCGGGUUACGCAGCGGUUUGCAGACAGCAAUACGUUCAGCGAAAAAUGGUUGUGUUGAGCCGGGAAAAUGGGACAGCUAUUGCCGAUUCUUUUCCAAUACCUUCGAGCUGUUGUUGUCACGUUAAAUUCAACGGAUUUCCCGCUAGAUUCGGUGCGAAUUCCGGAAACGUAAUUCGACCGAUCAGAAGACGAGCCGAUGCACGUGCUUCCACUGCGCGUCAGGCUCCCGAAGGACCUACGGCUGCGGUCGUCGCGAAUUCUAAUUUUCCAAGAGGCCUCGUUGGAGGACGUGCCAACAACCGGAACUGAUUUUGUUAUUUUUCCAAAUGUGUUAGAAUAUCGAACUGCUUUACUCUGCCAUUUCACAAGGGUUUUUUUUUAAUCCGCUCGUUAAACCGUGUAAUUUCAUCCAUGUGUAACUUCAUUUCCUACCUUCUACCCACCCACCUUUUUUUUUUUUAAUUUUUUAUAAGACUCAUCAGUUUUCGUGCUGCAAAACGGGCCAAAAAUCUAAACAGCUUUUUUUCGUUCUCAUCUAGCGGUUGGAUUUUCUUUAAUCACCUCGCAACUUCCGCCAUAUUUUUGGAGAUUUUUUGUCAAAAAAAGAAGGAACUGAUUUUCUAGAUUUUUUUGUGUACAAUGAGAAAAUUUCCAAAAAUUUAACCAAAGUUUCUUUCCACAAUAACAUUUUCAAUACAUUUUUUAUUUCUUAUAGUUUUCUAGUUUUUUAUUCACCUAAUCACAUGACAUGCGAAUUAUUUAUUUCUUACAUAAAAUUUUUUUCGUCCGUUCUUCAUUUUUAUUAAAAUAUUUUCUAGAUAAAUUUCGUUGUAAACCUAUAAAUUAUCCGAUUUAAUUGUUUCCGGGUUAGUUAGUUUCCGAACUAUAAAACUGAGACGAUGUAUAGCGGAAUAUCCAGAGUAGCUGGUUCAUUAUACCCAUCGAAACAAAUCUUUGUUUUCCCUUUUUAUUUUUUUUUAAUCACGAGCUACUUGUUUUUUACGAUUACUUCUUUUUGCGGUUCCCCAUCCUGUUUAAAACUUUUGCCAGAGUACGGACAUCGUUUAACCUCGCAGCUGAAUAACGAAUGUGUUGGAGGUGGUAGAUAAAGCAAAGAUACAUGUAUGUACAUUGCACAACAUAGCUGUUCUCAAUUUCAUUGUGUGAUUUUGCCUUUAAUUGUUGUUUUCCCGAAAACAGAAGUUGAUGCUUUUCUCCGUACCUCGAAUUGCAAACUAAUUAGAACCACGUUCCGGUUUUCACGAGUCUCUCACCCUGAUUUAUUCAUUAAUUCUCUUUUCGUUCAAUCAAAAAACCAAAAACAGCGAACACCCUAUUUCUUUUUUUGUUCUUAGAAAAAAUCUUUCAAAAAAUUUUCGCCCCGGACAAGGAGGGUCGAACCCUGAUGAUCGGUUUCAAAUUUUCUCUUACUCGGUAUUACAGUUUUUUAUUCCUCAUCCUUCGUUUUUUUUUAAUCCACUCUUCUCGUUUUUUUUUUUUUUUCUUCUUUUACUGAAAUCAUGCGUAGCGGGAGAUAAAAAUUAAUAUCGGUACGAGCUACGUUCAAGUGGAUUCGAUAAUAUACUCGGCGAGUUUUCUUCGUUUACCAAUAUACCGAGUAAAUAUACUUACAUCAUACGCCCUCGACCGGCGUUCAUCUUCAUCCCCCUCUGUCGCGUAAGACGCGCGCCCGUUCCUGCGAUCCGUUUUAGAAUCGUACGUUAGAAUUUUUAGGAAAAUCCGAAAAAUUUUACGGACAAGCAUUCAGACACGCGUCAUUCGUCCGUACCUAAUUUAUCGAUCUUCGUUAAAAGGAGGAAAUGGAAAACAUUGAAUAAUUGAGAAAUGAAAAAAAAAACGUUUCGAAACGAACGUAGCCGCGCUGCCGCGGCUGAUCUCACCGAAAAUAUAUACCCCAUAUGUCGGGGCCAGUUUUUCAUCUUUUAUUUUCACCUAAUAAAUUAUUAUAUCGAGAUUGUUACGGGUGUGUAGCGUAAUCGCGAACAAUCGAUCAUCGCGAUAUAACGUACUGUAAUUGCUUUUUCUACUUUUAUAUAAUACAUAUAUUUCCACAUUCUGCAGCGUGCUAAUUCGUUAGCCGGAAAAAACCCUACCCAUCGUCCCCGAUCGCCUGAUUUUAAUGCCUUAAAAAUUGGAAAAUAAAAAAAAAAGAUGAGACUAAAGCAUAGUUUCUCUUUCGACAGAGGAUUGAUUAUCACUAUACAACAUAUCGUGAUUAAUUAAACUGUAAAAUACACAAAUCCGGAUACGUGGAUUUAUAUAUAUAUAUAUUUUAUACGAGGUCGUCGAUCAUUUUUAAAUCUAAUUUAAACUUUAAUACGCGUAAUACGAAAACCCGAUACAAUAUAGGUAUAUAUGUAACGACGAUCCACAUACGAUGAUUAGAAAUUAGAAAAAAAAAGAAUUGUUAGAUAAAAAAAUUAAAAUAAAUAAACAAACUUUUUGUUCUGCUUC